CACCUCAACAAACACAAAUACAAACACAAACACAAACACAAACACAGUUCUUACAUGGCUUCAAUAGGUCUUGUUGAGAUCUUCUUUGCACUCAUUUGCUUUGUGAUUCUUCAUCACAUAAGCAACAGAAAUUGGCAUCUGAUUAAUUGGCCGGUUAUAGGAAUGUUGCCGGAGAUUAUUUUUAAUCUUCAUCGUCCACAUGAACGGAUAACAGAGCUUAUGGAGAUAACUGGGUGCACUUACAUGUUCAGAGGACCCUGGUUUUCUGACAUGAGGGUCUUAAACACAGCUGAUCCUGCCAAUGUUAAUUACAUCAUGAACACAAAUUUCUCAAAUUUCCCAAAAGGGUCUGAAUUUCUCAAGAUUUUCGACAUUUUGGGAGAUGGGAUUUUCAAUUCCGACUCAGAUUUGUGGAAGAGCCAGAGAAGGAGUUCUCAAGCUUUGAUAACUCAUCAAAGGUUUUACAAGUUCCUAGUGAAGACUAUACAUGAUAAGGUAACUAAAGGGAUAGUCCCAGUCCUUGAUCAUGUAUGCAAGCAAGGGAUUGUGAUGGAUAUGCAGGAUUUCUUUCAAAGAUUCACAUUUGAUGCUACUUGCAUGUUGGUUACCGGCUAUGAUCCAGGGUGUCUAUCGACUGAAUUUCCUAAAAUUGAAUUCGCAGAGGCCAUGGAUGCUGCAGAGGAAGCAAUAUUUCAUCGACAUUCGUGGCCGGAGACAAUUUGGAAGGCACAGAGGAUGCUAGGCCUUGGACAGGAACAUAAACUGAAGAAAGCUUGGGAGACAUUAGACCGCGUAGUAGCUGAAUACAUAUCAAGAAAAAGAGAAGAGCGUGAUCAAAGACUUGAAUCGAAGAAUGAAGAAGAAGAAGGCGUUGAUUUGUUAACAUCAUUCAUGAUUGAAGCUGAUGCAAUGGCAUCGAAAUCGUCAGCGGAUAAAUUCCUUAGAGACACCAUAUUGAAUCUCAUGCUGGCAGGGCGUGACACUACUAGUUCUGGUCUUAGUUGGUUCUUUUGGUUACUUUCAGAGAACCCGAAAGUAUGGACCAAAAUUAGAGAAGAGCUUAAAGCAAUAAUACCACCAAACGAAGGUUCAAACUGGAGAUUAUUCAGAACUGAAGAAGUGAACAAGGUGGCUUAUCUACACGCAGCUUUGUGCGAAUCUCUAAGGCUAUAUCCACCAGUUCCAUUCCAGCAUAAGGCCCCUCUACAACCCGAUAUCCUUCCGAGCGGGCACCGGGUUGAUCCAAAGAUGAAGAUCUUGUUCUCAUUGUAUUCAAUGGGAAGAAUGAAAUCAAUCUGGGGGGAGGAUUGCUUGGAAUUCAAGCCUGAAAGAUGGAUUUCGGAGCGAGGAACUGUUAAACACCAACCAUCAUAUAGGUUCAUGGCUUUCAAUGCAGGACCUAGAACUUGUUUGGGGAAGGAAGUGGCCUUUACACAAAUGAAAGUUGUUGCAGCUGAUAUAAUCCAUAACUACCAGAUUGAGGUGGUGAAAGGACACCCUGUGGCUCCUAGUGCUUCAAUUAUCCUCCAUAUGAAGCAUGGUCUUAAGGUUAGAGUCUCCAAGAGAUGGGCAUGACAUUACUCAUGGGAUAGGACGAGACAAGUACAUAUGAUGUUUCUGAAAUAAAGUUAAUAAUAAAAAGUUAUAAAAAUGUCUCAUUUCUAUGUUAAAUAAAAGAAAUUCGAAUUGCAUGCCAGAGCGGCUGAGAGAUUAAAAAAGGGAAAUAAAAAAGCGAGAAAAUUUAAUGCAAAACGGCUAUUUUUUUAAAAGCUUUGGCAGAAAACUUUUAAAAGGAAGUGCUUCCCCCAAAACCCUACGCCUAAACCCGUAAAACGACGCCGCAUGACCCUAACCGCCUCGUACAGUAACGGUCAUAUCAAGAUGCUUCGAGAUACACGGGAGAUACCGGUGGAGCGUGAAAGAAUUACAACUCACAAGUCACAAGACAAACAAACAGGCUUACAGUGCAGGAGAACCUUCUCCAAAUUAGGGAAACCCGAGGGCUACUCUUCAUCCGAUCUCUGAGUUCGAGCAAGGGGCUUGCCUUUUUUCAACUAUUUCUUUUUGUUCUUCUUUCAGCUCUUCUAUUCAAUCAAUUCUGAUCUGGAUUUCAUUGUCGUCUUUCCUUGCAGCGUCUUUGCUUUCUUCACCUGUUUUCCGUCGCCGAACGCAGAUUACCUGACACUAUGCGAUCUACGAUUUGGCUGUUAGGGUUUGUGUUUUCUCUCUCUGUUUUUGUAGUUGUGAUUAAUCUUUUUUUUUAUUAGGGUUUUCUUGGUUUGACAAUUAGUUGACCAUAUCGACGGUGGUUAUAGUGUGAGUUUUUUUUCCCCCCAAGAUUGGCUUGGUUUUGCUUCGUUCGGUGUAGUCUUUGCCUGGGUAAUUUUGAGAAUAUCAUGGGGCCAGAAUAUACAGCGGGCGUUUUCAAGUACCUAAUGAAGAUGUUUGUUUUUUUGUGUUUUGUCGCUUUGUUUUUGGAAUUUUUAUAACUGGGUUUUAUUAGGGUUUUUCUUUACGUCUAUGAGUCUAGGAUUUCUUUUAUGUUUUUCAAUCUCUCUUUUUUUUGUUCCGACAAUCUGUUUUUGCUAUUAAAGGUGGUUAAGUUGGAGUGGCUUUCUUUGUUUGCUUAAUAUGGUUUGGCCUGGCCUAGGCAUGGCUUGGCUUUGCCUGUUUUAGUUUGUUUUGGCUUGGUUUAGGCACGGGUGGCGACUGGCAUGAACAAAAUUGAGAAUUUCAUUAUGCCAAAAACAUGUAAAGCCGCUGUCACAAAACAAAUAAUUUUUUUUUUCAUUCUGCAAAAGACAUGCAAAGCUGUUGUCUUUAAACCAAUAAAACUGUUUGGGUUUUCUUUCUUUGUAUUCAAAAUUUUGAUAAUCGGGGUUUUUAGUGUUCGGCUUUUUCAAAAAUACUUUUGAGUUUUUCGCUUUCUAUUUUCUAUUUACUCUCUCUUUUUUUUU